UGGGGUUUUUUUUUGUUUUGGUUUGGUUUUUGGUUUUUGUUGUUGUUUUUCUGGCUCCGGUCUGAGCUCGUGGUUCUCCGGAGAGGAGGACAGUGUGAUUUCCGCCCUUGGCCCUGGGAAGGCCGGUUGGUCCUGACUCCGCUGCAGCCGCGCCGCUGGGUGGGAGCCCGGGAACGCCUCUCGCGGUACCCGCGCGCCCGCAGAGACCGCGCUGGCUGGCCCGAGGCCGGGCGCUGUCAGUUCCUGAUCCGCCCGGUGGCGCGGCCCCGGCCGCUGCAGGCUCCAGAGCCAGAGAAGCCGCCCCCACGUGGCGGGCUUCACGCGGGGUGCGGCUCCGGCACCGCCCACACCGGAGGCUGCGCUUGCCCCUGGCGCUGCAGGCUCGGCGAGACGCGGGCGGUGAGCGGCGCCCGCUGGAACCGCAGUGUCUGGGAGCCCCUCUGCGGGCUGCUCGGCGGCGGGAUCCUGCGCUGCGGGAUGGCAGCGGGCGCGCGCGCGUGGGGCUGGGCACUGCCGCGCGUUCAGCUGCUGCUUCUACUGCUGCUGCUGAGGGUGCUGCCCGCCUGGAGUGCUGCCGCUUGGGACCCCCGGGCCGGAGCUCGGCUCAGCCUGGAUCCGCCCUACUUCAACCUGGCGGAGGCGGCGAGGAUUUGGGCCACGGCCACCUGCGGGGAGCGCGGGCCCGGGGACAGCGGGCGGCCCCAACCCGAGCUCUACUGCAAGUUGGUGGGGGGCCCUCCCGCCUCAGGCAGCGGCCACACCAUCCAGGGCCAGUUCUGCGACUACUGCAAUUCGGAGGACCCCAGGAAGGCACACCCGGCCACCAAUGCAAUCGAUGGGUCUGAGCGCUGGUGGCAGAGCCCCCCUCUCUCCUCGGGCACACAGUACAACAGAGUCAACCUCACCCUGGACCUGGGCCAGCUCUUCCAGGUGGCCUAUGUUUUAAUCAAAUUUGCAAAUUCUCCUCGCCCUGAUCUCUGGGUCUUGGAAAGAUCUGUAGACUUUGGAAGCACAUACUCACCUUGGCAGUUUUUUGCUCAUUCUAAAAGAGACUGUCUGGAACAAUUUGGAAAGGAGGCCAAUACAGCUGUCACGCGGGAUGACGAUGUACUCUGUACUACUGAAUAUUCCCGGAUCGUGCCUCUGGAAAACGGUGAGGUCGUGGUCUCCCUGAUAAACGGUCGUCCAGGUGCCAAAAAUUUUACUUUCUCUCCCACGCUGCGGGAGUUUACCCAGGCCACAAACAUCCGCCUGCGUUUCCUCCGCACCAACACCCUCCUGGGUCACCUCAUCUCCAAAGCCCAGCGGGAUCCGACCGUCACGCGGCGGUAUUACUACAGCAUAAAGGAUAUCAGCAUUGGUGGACGGUGUGUUUGCAAUGGCCAUGCUGAAGUAUGCCGUGUAAAUAAUCCUGAACAACUGUUCCGGUGCGAAUGCCAGCACCACACCUGUGGAGAGACGUGUGACCGCUGCUGCGUGGGGUACAAUCAGAGAAGCUGGCGGCCGGCUGCCUGGGGCCAGAGCAAUGAGUGUGAAGCCUGCAACUGCCACGGCCACGCCAUCGACUGCUACUAUGACCCUGGUGUGGAGCAGCGCCAGGAGAGCUUGAACACUCAAGGCGUCUAUGCCGGCGGGGGCGUCUGCAUUAGCUGUCAGCACAACACAGCUGGUGUCAACUGUGAAAAGUGUGCAAAGGGUUAUUACCGCCCUUUCGGGGUUCCAACUGAUGCCCCCCAUGGCUGCAUCCCUUGCAGCUGUGACCCUGAGCGUGCAGAUGGCUGUGAACAGGGCUCAGGCCGUUGUCACUGCAAGCCGAAUUUCCACGGAGACCACUGUGAGAAGUGUGCAGAUGGAUACUAUCAUUUUCCACUUUGCUCGAGAAUUCUGAGUUCCCCUACUUCUAUUUCAAGUCCAGAAGAUCCAGUAGCUGGGGAUAUAAAAGGGUGUGACUGUGACUUGGAAGGUGUUCUCCCCGAAAUCUGUGAUGCCCAUGGAAGGUGCCUGUGCCGCCCUGGGGUAGAGGGCCCUCGGUGUGACGCCUGCCGCUCUGGUUUCUACUCCUUCCCUAUUUGCCCAGCCUGCCAGUGUUCCGCGCUCGGAUCCUACCCAGUGCCCUGCAACCCAGAGACCGGACAGUGUGAAUGCCAGCCGGGGAUUACAGGACGGCAGUGUGACAGGUGUCUCUUGGGAGCCUUUGACUUCCCCCACUGCCAAGCUUCCAGCCUCGCCUGUGACCCAGCCGGUACCACCGACUCCAGUUUGGAUUAUUGUCAAUGCAAGCUUCAUGUUGAAAGCCCUACUUGUAGCAUCUGCAAACCAUUAUAUUGGAAUCUGGUCAAAGAAAACCCCGAUGGGUGUUCAGAAUGCCAAUGCCACGAGGCGGGCACAGCCAGUGGAAUUGGAGAGUGUGGGCAGGGAGAUGGUGACUGUUCCUGCAAGCUUCAUGUGACUGGCGAUGCCUGUGACACCUGUGAAGAUGGAUAUUUUGCUUUGGAAAAGAGCAAUUACUUUGGGUGUCAAGGGUGCCGCUGUGACGUUGGCGGAGCGCUCACCACCAUGUGCAGCGGGCCCUCGGGAGAGUGCCCGUGCCGGGAGCACGUCGCCGGGGAGGCGUGCCAGCGUCCUGAAAAGAACUACUAUUUCCCGGAUUUGCAUCAUAUGAAGUAUGAGAUCGAAGAAGGCACCACACCUGCCGGAGGAGCCCUUCGGUUUGGAUUCGAUCCCCUGACGUUUCCUGAGUUUAGCUGGAGAGGAUAUGCCCAGAUGACCCCCGUGCAGGAUGAAGUACAGGUGAUGCUGAAUGUGGGCAAGUCAACUCUCUCCUUGUUUCAUGUUAUCCUGAGAUAUGUUAACCCUGGAAGUGAAGCAGUCUCUGGCCAUAUAAGUAUUUACCCAUCCUGGGCCAAGGGAGGUGCUGCUCAAAGCAAAGAGAUCGUCUUCCUGCCGAGUAAGGAGCCCACCUUUGUCAGCGUCCCUGGCAAUGGCUUUGCAGACCCGUUUUCAAUCACCCCGGGGACCUGGACUGCUUGUAUUAAGGCAGAAGGAGUGCUCUUGGAUUACCUGGUGCUGCUCCCCAGGGACUACUACGAAGCACCUGUGCUGCAGCUGCCAGUCACGGAACCAUGUGCCCCUGCAGGAUCUCCCCAGGAGAAUUGCCUGCUUUACCAGCAUCUGCCAGUGACCAGAUUCCCCUGCACGCUCGCUUGUGAGGCCAGACGCUUCCUGCUUGAUGGGGAGCCCAGACCCGUGGCUCUGAGGCAGCCCAGCCCCACGCACCCAGUCAUGGCGGAUCUCAGUGGGAGAGAGGUGGAACUGCACCUGCGGCUUCGUGUCCCACGGAUUGGCCACUACGUGCUUGUGGUCGAGUAUGUCACCGAAGCAGACCAGCUGUUUGUGGUGGACGUGACCGUGGAGAGCCCCGGGUCUGUUCUGGAGGGCCAGGUGAACGUUUACAGCUGCAAGUACAGCGUCCCCUGCCGCAGCUCUGUGAUUGACGGCAUGAGCCGCGUGGCCGUGGUGGAGCUCCUGGCUGAUGCAGACGUGCAGCUCAAGGCGCGCAUGGCCCGGUUCCUUCUGCAUCAGAUCUGUAUCAUACCCAUUGAGGAAUUCUCCACUGAAUACGUGAGACCUCAGGUUCACUGCAUUGCCAGUUAUGGACCAUUUGUCAAUCAAAGUGCCUCCUGUGUCUCCCUGGCCCAUGAAACUCCUCCAACAGCACUGAUUUUGGAAGUCCCGGCUGGGGGACCCUUCCCUCUUCUGGCCCAGGAUCUUUCCCCUCCUGCAGGCGUUAUUCCAGGAUUCAUGCUGCAGGCACCACAGAGCCAAGUGACCCUGAGAGGACUUGUGCCACACGCAGGCCGCUACGUCGUUGUCAUCCAUUUUUGUCAAGCAGAGCACCCAGCAUUUCCCGCGCAGGUGUUGGUGGAUGGAGGACAGCCCUGGGCAGGCUCCUUCAGUGCCGCCUUUUGCCCCCAUGUGCUCUGCUGCCGUGACCAGGUGAUCGCAGGAGGCCAGGUGGAGUUGGACAUCUCAGAGCCUGAGGUGGCUGUGACCGUGAAGGUUCCAGAAGGAAAGUCCUUGGUGUUGGUCCGUGUUCUGGUGGUGCCUGCAGAGAAUUACGACUACCAAAUACUUCACAAAAAAACAGUGGACAGGUCCUCUGAGUUUGUCACCAGUUGUGGAGGAAACAGCUUUUAUAUUGAUCCCAAGACAGCCUCUGAGUUCUGUAGGAACUCCGCCAGGUCCCUGGUGGCCUUUUACCACAAUGGUGCACUGCCCUGUGAAUGCCACCCCGCUGGGGCCACCAGCCCCCAGUGCAGCCCCGAAGGUGGGCAGUGCCCGUGCCGGGCCAACGUCAUCGGGCGGCAGUGUAGCCGCUGUGCCAUGGGCUACUACGGAUUCCCACGCUGCAAGCCGUGCAACUGUGGCCAGCGCCUGUGUGAAGAGACAACGGGGCAGUGCCUCUGCCCUCCUCGCACAAUCAGACCCCAGUGUGAGGCAUGUGAGAUGCAUUCCUUCAGCUUCCACCCCCUGGCCGGCUGCGAAGGCUGCAACUGUUCCACGAGGGGCACCAUUGUUGCUGCCACCCCCGAGUGCGACAGGGACAGUGGGCAGUGCAGAUGCAAGCCCAGGGUCACUGGGCGGCAGUGUGACCAGUGUGCUUCUGGGUUUUACCACUUCCCGGAGUGUGUGCCCUGCAGCUGCAACCGAGAUGGGACGGAGCCAGGAGUGUGUGACCCUCGGACCGGAGCUUGCCUCUGCAAGGAAAAUGUGGAAGGUGCAGAAUGUAAUAUGUGUCGAGCAGGAUCAUUCUAUUUGGACCCAGCCAAUCCCAAGGGUUGUACCAGCUGCUUUUGCUUCGGAGUAAAUACUCAUUGUCAUAGCACACACAAGCGAAGAGCUAAGUUUGUGGACAUGCGGGGCUGGCGCUUGGAGACGGCAGAGGGCAUGGAUGUGCCCAUCUCAUUCAACCCCCGCAGCAACAGUGUGGUCGCGGAUCUCCAGGAGCUGCCGGCCACAGUGCGCACUGCGUCCUGGGUCGCACCCCCUUCCUACCUGGGGGACAAGGUGUCCUCCUACGGAGGCUUCCUCACUUACCAAGUCAAGUCCUUUGGCCUGCCUGGCGACAUGGCUCCUCUGGAAAAGAGGCCGGACGUGCUGUUCACAGGUCGGCACAUGUCCCUUGUCCACGAGGAGCCCAGUCACCCACGGCCAGACCGGCUGCAUCAGGGGCGCGUGCAAGUGAUUGAGGGAAACUUCCGACACGCCGGCAGCAGCGCCCCGGUGUCCAGGGAGGAGCUGAUGAUGGUGCUGUCUAGACUGGAGGGGCUGCGCAUCCGAGGCCUCCACUUCACGGAGACACAGCGGCUCACCCUGGGCGAGGUGGGGCUGGAGGAGGCCUCCGACUCAGGGAGUGGCCGCAGGGCACACCACGUCGAGGUGUGUGCCUGCCCUGCUGACUACGCAGGUGACUCAUGCCAGAGUUGUAGCUCUGGAUACUAUCGGGAUGCCAACGGCUUGUAUGCUGGACGCUGUGUUCCCUGCAAUUGUCACGGACAUUCAAAUCGAUGUCAGGAUGGCACGGGAAUAUGCAUUAACUGUCAGCAUAACACCGCGGGGGACCACUGUGAGCGCUGCAAGGAGGGUUACUAUGGGAACGCCGUCCUCGGACACUGUAGUGCCUGCCCGUGUCCUCACACCAACAGCUUUGCCACCGGCUGUGUCGUGAAUGGGGGGAACGUGAGGUGCUCCUGCAAACCCGGGUACAUGGGAACUCAGUGUGAGAGGUGCGCACCAGGAUAUUUUGGGAAUCCCCAGAAAUUUGGAGGUAGCUGCCAACCAUGCAAUUGUAACAGCAAUGGCCACUUGGGCAGUUGUGACCCCCUGACGGGAGAUUGCAUCAACCAGAACCAAGAACUUAAAGACAGCAGCCCAACAGAAGAAUGUGAUGAUUGUGACAGCUGCGUGAUGACCCUCCUGAAUGACCUGGCCACGAUGGGUGAGGAGCUCCAGAUGGUCAAGUCGCAGCUGCAGGGUCUGCGUGCCAGCGCAGGUGCUCUGGAGCAGAUGAGGCGCCUGGAGACCCAAGUCAAGGAGCUGAGGAAUCGGUUGCUCAACUACCGCUCUGCCAUUUCAAGUCAUGGAUCAAAAAUAGACGGCCUGGAGAAGGAACUGAGUAAUUUGAAUGGUGAAUUUGAAACUCUGCAAGAAAAGGCUCAAAUAAAUUCCAGAAAAGCACAAACGUUCUAUAACAAUCUUGACCAGACAACCCAAAGAGCAAAAGAGCUGGACACGAAGAUUAAAAGCGUCAUCCGGAACGUGCACAUUCUCCUGAAGCAGAUCUCGGGGGCAAACGGAGAAGGAAACUACUUGCCUGCGGGAGAUUUUUCUAGGGAGCUGGCUGAGGCUGAGCGCAUGAUGAGGGAGCUGCGGAACCGGAAUUUUGGAAAGCACCUGAGAGAAGCAGAAGCUGAAAAGAGAGAGGCUCAGCUCUUGCUGAACCAGAUAAGAAACUGGCUGGCAACCCACCAGGAGAAUGGCAAUGGACUGGCUAAGAGUAUGUGGGAUUCAUUAAACGAAUACGAAGCCAAACUCGGUGACCUACGGGCUAUGCUGCAGGAGGCAGCUGCCCAAGCAAAGCAGGCCACUGGCCUCAACCAAGACAAUGAGGAGACAUUGGGAGCCAUCAAGAGACGCGUGAAAGAAAUCAGCUCCCUGCAGAGUGACUUCACCAAGUUUCUGACCACUGCAGACUCUUCUUUGCUGCAGACCAACAUCAUGCUGCAGCAGAUGGAGGAAAGCCAGAAGGAAUAUGAGAAAGUUGCUGCCACUUUAAAUGAAGCAAGACAAGAACUAAGUGACAGAGUGAGAGAACUUUCCAGAUCCACCAGCAAAGCAUCCCUGGUGGAGGAGGCAGAGAAGCAUGCGCAGUCUUUACAGGAGCUGGCGAAGCAGUUGGAAGAGAUCAAGAGGAACACCAGUGGGGACGAGCUGGUGCGCUGUGCCGUGGACGCUGCCACUGCCUACGAGAACAUCCUCAACGCCAUCCAAGCGGCCGAGGAUGCCGCCAACAAGGCCAGCAGCGCGUCUGAGUCCGCCCUCCAGACGGUGAUAAAGGAAGAUCUUCUAAGAAAAGCUAAAGCCCUGAGUUCCGACAGUGAUCAACUGCUAAGCGAAGCCAAAAAAACAAAGAAGAAGCUACAGCAAGAAAUCAACCCAGCUCUCAAUAACCUAAAGCAAACCUUGCAGAUGGUAACGGUUCAGAAAGAACUGAUAGACACCAACCUCACGGCUCUGCGUGCAGAGCUUCACGGGAUACAGAGAGGGGACAUCGAUGAGAUGAUCAACAGCGCAAAGAACGUGGUCAGAAAGGCCGAUGACAUCACAAGUGAGGUUCUGGACGGGCUCAACCCCAUCCAGAAAGAUGUGGAGCGGAUUAAGGAUACCUACGGGAGUACGCGCAGUGAAGACUUCAACAAGGCCCUAACGGCUGCAGAUAACUCGGUGAAAAAAUUAACCAGAAAACUGCCUGAUCUUCUGAGCAAGAUUGAAAGUAUCAACCAACAGCUGUUACCCCUGGGAAACGUCUCUGACAAUGUGGACAGAAUACGGGAGCUGAUUCAGCAGGCCAGAGACGCUGCAAAUAAGGUCACUGUCCCCAUGAGAUUCAACGGGAAAUCUGGCGUGGAGGUCCGCCUCCCCAGCGACCUGGAGGAUUUGAAAGGAUACACAUCUCUGUCUCUGUUUCUCCAAAGACCUGACUUGAGAGAAAACGGGGGCACCGAGGACAUGUUUGUGAUGUACCUUGGAAAUAAAGAUGCCUCCAAGGACUACAUUGGCAUGGCAAUCAUAGAUGGGCGGCUCACGUGUGUCUACAACUUGGGAGAGCGUGAAGCUGAACUGCAGGUGGACCAGAUCUUGACGGAGAGUGAAACUCAGGAGGCAGUUAUGGACCGGGUGAAAUUUCAGAGAAUUUAUCAAUUUGCAAGGCUCAAUUACACCAAAGCAGCCACAUCCAAUAAACCAAAACCACCUCAGUUCCAUGACAUGGAUAGUGGAAAUAGCAACACACUCCUUAAUUUGGAUCCAGAAAAUGUUGUGUUCUAUGUUGGAGGUUACCCAUCUGACUUUAUACUUCCCAGUAGACUAAAACUCCCUCGGUAUAAAGGUUGUAUUGAAUUAGAUGACCUUAAUGAAAAUGUUCUGAGCUUAUACAACUUCAAAAAAACUUUCAAUCUCAAUACAACUGAAGUGGAACCAUGUAGAAGGAGAAAGGAGGAGUCAGACAAAAAUUAUUUUGAAGGCACAGGCUACGCCCGAGUUCCAACUCUCCCAAAUGCCUCGUUCCUCACCUUUGGACAGACAAUUCAGACCACCGUGGAUACAGGUGUGCUGUUUUUUGCAGAAAACCAGGACCGCUUCAUCUCUCUCAACGUGGAGGACGGCAGUCUCAGGGUGCGGUACAAAUUGAACUCGGGGCCACCCAAAGAAGAAGGCAUUCAGGACAUCAUCAACAACGGGAGGGACCAUUCGAUUCAGAUUGUCAUUGGAAAAGCCCAAAAACUGACGUGGAUAAACGUGAAUUCUCAGAAAAUUAAAAUUGAAGGGGAAAUAUUUGAUUUCAGCACAUAUUAUCUGGGAGGAAUUCCAAUUGCAAUCCGGGAGAGAUUAAACAUUUCUACACCUGCUUUCCGAGGCUGCAUGAAAAAUCUGAAGAAAACCAGUGGUGUGAUUCGGUUGAAUGACUCUGUGGGAGUAACCAAAAAGUGCUCAGAAGACUGGAAGCUCGUGCGAUCGGCCUCAUUCUCCAAAGGAGGACAUUUGAGUUUCUCUAAUUUGGACCUCCCGUGGCCCAACCACUACCAGGCCUCAUUUGGGUUUCAAACGUUUCAACCCAGUGGGAUAUUAGUGAACCAUCAGACACGGACAAGUAGCCUGCAGGUCACUCUGGAAGACGGUCACAUUGAAGUGAGCACCAAGGAUAGCGGGAGCCCGAUUUUUAGGUCUCCACAGACGUACACGGAUGGCCUGCUGCACUACGUGUCUGUAAUAAGUGACAGCUCUGGCCUGCGGCUUCUCAUUGAUGAUCAGCCUCUGAGAAGUAGCCAAAAGCUACAAGGCUUUUCAAAUUCCCAACAAUCUCUGCGCCUGGGCGGGAGUUAUUUUGAGGGUUGUAUCAGCAAUGUUUUUGUCCAGAGAUUAUCACAGAGCCCCGAAGUCCUAGAUCUGGCCAGUGGAUCUACCAAGCGAGAUGUGGCCCUGGGAGGCUGCAGUUUAAACGAACCACCUUUCCUAAUGUUGCUUAAAGGUCCUGCAAGGUUUAACAAGACCAAGGCUUUCAGUAUCAACCGGCCGCUGCGGGACACACCAGUGGCCUCCCUGAAGAGCAUGGAGGUGUGGCAAGAUGGCAAGUCCUGCCCGCCACUUCCCAGGGCCCAGGACAGUCAUGGAGCCUUCCGGUUUGGGGACAGUCCCACCAGCCACUUGCUCUUCAAGCUUCCCCAGGAAUUACUGAAACCCAGGUCGCAGUUCUCCGUGGACAUGCAGACGACAGCUUCCGGAGGGCUGGUGUUCUUCGCGGGCUCUAGGAAUUCCUUCCUGGCUCUUUACCUCUCGAAAGGACGGCUGGUCUUUGCCCUGGGGACAGCAGGGAAAAAACUGCGGCUCAAGAGCAAAGAGAAAUGCAACGACGGCCAGUGGCACACGGUGGUGUUUGGGCAAGAUGGAGGUGAGGCACGCUUGGUUGUGGAUGGCCUGAAGGCGCAGGAAGGAAGACUGCCUGGAAAUUCCACUGUCAGUAUCAGAGCCUUGGUUUACCUGGGAGCAUCUUCAUCCCGGAAACCCAAGAGCCUCCCCCAAAAAAGUUUUGUAGGAUGCCUGAAGAACUUCCAGCUGGACUUAAAGCCCUUGGGCACCCCUUCUGCAAACGUCGGGGUGUCUCCCUGCUUGGGUGGCUCUCUGGAGGAAGGCAUUUAUUUUUCCCAAGGAGGAGGAGCUCAUGUUGUCCUGGCCAACUCUGUGUCACUGGGGCCAGAGUUUAAGCUCGCUUUCAGCAUUCGCCCCAGAAGUCUCACUGGAAUCUUAAUACACGUUGGAAGUCAACCCGGGCAACACCUGAGUGUCUAUAUGGAGGCCGGACAGGUCACGGCCUCUGUGGACAGCGGAGCAAGUGCGAUCUCAACAUCGGUCACGCCAAAGCGGUCUCUGUGUGAUGGACAGUGGCACUCUGUGGCAGUCACCAUGAAACAUCACACCCUGCACCUGCAGCUGGAUGCAGACAGCAGCUACACAGCCAGACGGCUCACCUUCCUGCCGGCCAGCAUGCACGAGCCACUGCACAUCGGAGGUGUCCCAGCCCAUUUGCAGCCCCUGAAGCUGCCAGUGUGGAGAUCAUUUUUUGGCUGUCUGAAGAACAUUCAAGUCAACCACAUCCCUGUCCCUGUCACAGAAGCCUUGGAAGUCCAGGGGCCUGUCAGUCUGAGUGGCUGCCCUGACCACUAACGUGAGCCUAUUACACCACGAGGAAAUUUACCUUGAAAAGCACCGGUCCCCCGGCGUGCCUCUCUUCCUUAGGGGAGAUGCUUCCUGACUCAAGACAUCCCCCGAUGGGCGUAACAGCCAACCUCGUUUUGAAUUCCAAUCGCAUAUACCCCACCACUCUAGCAUGCAGUGCUACAUAUGUAUUUUAUAUAAAAAUCCCUUUUCUUGAAGAAGAACAAAUUGUUAAUCCAAAAUGCACAAAAUGUGGUAAUAUUAUUUUCCACUGAAAAGGUCCAUUAAAGAGCAUUAUUUCCCA